AUGGACAUGCUACAGGGAAAGAAACUGGUAACCAAAGACUGCCAGUCCCACAAGGCGACCCACUACCUGAAAAAAGCGAAGAUCAUCAUCUACUACUUCUCCGCCUCGUGGGUGGACGACGUGGACCUCCUGCAGAAGCUCAAAGCUAUCUACGCGGAGAACGUGAAGAGAGAAAUCGGCAUGGAGGUCAUCUACGUGUCCUCCGACACUGAGGAAAAGCCAUUCAACAAACCCUUCAGAGAGCACCACGGACCUUGGCCGGCCAUCGCACCCAAGAACAUAGCUCUAGCGGAGGAACUGAGGCACAGGUACAACAUAACCUGUCUGCCACAAAUAAUAGUGGUGAGGAAAGAGGACGGAUUCAUAAUCACGAGGAAGGGGAGAGAAGAGCUACAGAAGACCGGCAUGAACGUCUUGGUAGUUUGGAGCGACUACGAUCCCGAUAUGACAUUGAUAGACGAUAACCUGAUCGAUUUGACCACGCCUCAACAGCAAGAAGUUGCCACCGAGACUGCGAAACCCGACGAAGCUACCGAGCCAAAACAACAGAAAGAAGAAUACGAUGAGUACGAUUUCACUCAAAUUCAAAGCAAAGUUUUUUCAUUCGGGCCAGGUAGGAAAAAAGGACCUAGAAAGACGUAA